AUGGGGCAAGUAAGAACGGGGAGUGUAAGAGGUGAGCGGUGUGAACAAGGACACAGUGCAGGAGGGGUUAGUCCUUUAGCCUCCAAUGCAAUUUAUGAUGAAAAGUCUGUGAGAAUUGGUGUUGAGGAGAAAGAAGGGUACGGUAUAUCUUUCCAGAGAAGAUCUUGGUCACCAUGUAUGACAAUUCUUGUUUUUCUUGGAGUGGCAGUAAUCUUGGGUUUAACUAUUGGUCUCCUCAUUCAUUUUCUGGCAGUUGGCAAGAUUUACCAUUACCAAGGUAAUUUUCAUAUUUCUGAAGUCACAUACAAUUAUAGUUGUAAAAAUGCAGCUUCAGAAGUUAUCAAAAAUCUGAGCAAAGAUAUUGAAACUAAGAUGUCUGAUGAAUUUCAAAAUUCUAGCAUAUACAGAGAAUAUAUCAACUCUCAGGUCCUCAAACUUCUCCCUCAUACCAAUGAUUCAAGUGUAGAGCUGCUGCUGACAUUCAAGUUUCCUCCAGCAAAGAGGGACAUGAUGAGGGCUGAAAUCACAGCUCUCUUACUUCAGAUGUUGAAAGACAACAUGGUGUCCUGGAAUGCAGUGCCAGCUUCCAUUCAACUUACAGAAAUCAGUGAGACUAAGGCUGAAAUGCUUACCAACAACUGUUGUGGGAGACAACUGGUUAAUAGUAUUACAUCCAGCAAUCGAAUCGUGACUGGGAAGAACUCCCUCAGGGGAGCAUGGCCGUGGCAGGCCAGUGUGCAACGGAAGGGCCAGCACCACUGUGGAGCAUCUCUGAUCAGCAGCAGGUGGCUCUUAUCUGCAGCUCACUGCUUUGUUAAGGGAAUUAAUUCAGAAGAUUGGACCGUCAACUUUGGAACUGUUGUAAAUGAACCAUAUAUGACACGAAAAGUCCAAAACGUUAUUUCUCAUGAAAAUUUUACCAUGCCUGGGGUUCAUAAUGAUAUUGCCCUUGUGCAGCUUGCUGAAGAAGUGUCUUUCUCAAAGUAUGUUCGUAGUAUUUGUCUUCCUGAAGCCACAAUGAAACUCUCAGAAAAUGACAGUGUUGUAGUUACAGGAUGGGGAACACUUUAUAUGAACGGUCCUCUUCCAAAUAUACUUCAGGAGGCCUUUGUGAAUAUUAUCGACAACAAAGUUUGCAAUGCUCCACAUGCAUUAUCUGGCUUGGUGACAGAUAAAAUGCUAUGCGCUGGAUAUAUGUCAGGAAAAGUUGAUGCCUGUCAGAGAGAUUCUGGUGGACCACUAGCUUACCCUGACUCUAGAAAGAUCUGGUACCUUGUUGGAAUAGUAAGCUGGGGUGAUGGGUGUGCUAAAAAGAACAAGCCAGGUGUCUAUACACGAGUGACUGCUUAUCGUGAAUGGAUUACCUCCAAGACUGGACUCUGA